CUUCUCUUUUUUCUUGCUUCAUUCUGUAUUUCAUCCUUUUAUUCAUUCACUCAUUCAUCCUCUCCAGAGGUUGUGUUCUCUACUUUUAUUUUUUUAAUAGUAUUCAGCAACUUUCUACAAUUAUCAUUUCACCAAACAUAAUGUCGCCUAUCGUAGACUCACAACGAAACCAAUCCAUCAGUAAUGGGAAUGCUGAUACAACUACUGCCACUAUUAAGCAGACAUUUGCUCGUAUCCACUCAAAGCUCAUGAUCCGUCCUGAGGAAUCAUUACCACGGGACCAGAGCUCUGCUGCCACGCUCGCUAGACUAAACAACACUAUCCAGGUCACUCGAGCUGUCUGGAACCAGCUCUGUGGAGAUGGAAGGGGACAUGCUGCGGAUAUAAAUGGUUCGGUUCCGGUUGCGAUCGUAGUCUCCCACGACUCCUUUCAGAUGCACCUCACUGAAGACACCCCAAAGCCCUUGAUGACAGCUAUCAUCAGCCGAGCCGUACCCCUUAUCUCCUCCAUUGACGGAUAUAUGCCUGAGAGUACAGAAAGUGAAUGCUUUGUCACUGCUGAGUUUGUUAGGACAUACAUGCCGUUGAUCGGACUAGAGAACCAGACUCAGAUCACCAUUCAGAAGACAGACCUGAUAGUUUUAGAUGAAAUCAUUUUAGCUGCAACUACGCCUGAGGCAUACGAGAUUAUUUCCACAGGUUUAUUUCAUUGUUCCAAAAGGUUUUUACUAUUUCUACAACAAAGCCUGUAGAGUUAAAGCUAACACAAUUCUCAUUGAUGAUAGAUCCAACACUGAUCUCAAACCACUUUUUACCAGAGGGGAGCGAGCCUGUCAUCAUCCGUUACGAGCAGAUUUACAACAUCCAAGGGCCUUC